AAGUUAGAGCACGCAGGCGUGGCAUCUGAUGUUAGAGACACAACGUAGCCUGCUUAAUUCGUUAUUAAUUAUAAAUUGUGAUAGAAGUUGCAUCUUACAGUAGCUGGACACCGUCCUAAGACGGACGAGGCGUGACAUGGAGUCCAUUGUGAUGAACCUGCACAACCAGUUCCAGAGUCUGAGUGCGCACGCCGACAUUCUCAAUGAGGGCAUCGAACCACACUUCAUCCAGAUGGCUCUGAACUUUGAGGACUGCAGGCGGAAGUGGCUUCAGCGGGAGGAGGAGCUUGGGGCCUGCAAGGAGGUGCUAACCAAGACGGAGACGGAGAGAGGGUCUCUGGAGGUCAAGCUGAAGCAUGCCCGCAACCAGGUGGAUGUGGAGAUCCGACGGCGCCAGCGGGCUGAGGGGGAUUAUGAGAAACUGGAGCGUCAGAUCCAGCUGAUCCGGGACCUGUUGGUGGCAGAGAGCUCCAGCAGCAGUGUCCAUCUGAGCGAGGAGCAGCGCUCGGCUCUGGCCUUCCUCAACGCCCACUCGCAGGCCGCGCAGGCCGCCAAGAACAACCCCAACCUCAACACAAGCCGCAGGUUGGCCACCAUAGAUGAGUCUGCUUCCCUGUUGUCGGACAUUAGCUAUGACAAAACGGAUGAUUCCCUGGACUGGGACUCCUCUGUAAUGAGGACAGUGAGACUCCGGAAGCGCCAGAAAAGGCGUUCCUCCAGAAACCUUGCUGAGCCCCCCCAGCAGGUGGUUAAGAAACCCCGCUCCACUGGCCGCCCGUCAGAUAGGGUGAACGAUUCCGUCGUGACCAAGACCACCAUCACAGUGCCUGUCAAUGGAGGUCCGGUGGAGGCGGUUUCCACCAUUGAGAUGGUUCCUGGUUACUGGACACGUAGCAGGAAGACCACUGGUUCAGACACUACUACUACUACUAUCGACCAAUCAGAGGCCACUUCUGAGGCUCCCAGCACCCCGACCAGUGAUGCACCGCCCCCAACCAAAACCCCUAGAGCCAAAGUCGGGGCCCGAAAACACGAGUUCCUUGGCAGAACGGUGAUCAAGUCGGAGUCCUGCGUGCCGUGUGGAAGGAAGACCAAGUUUGGAAAGCUCUACCUGAGGUGCCAGAACUGCAGGCUGGUAGCCCACCCUGAGUGUCGUGACCGCUGCCCACUGCCCUGUAACCCUCUUUUAACAGGCAGCAGCCCUGCCAGGGGCAAAGAGCCUAGCUCCCUGGUAGACUUCGCUCCCAUCACGGCCCCCAUGGUACCAGACCUGGUGGUUCACUGUGUCAAGGAGAUCGAGCUCAGAGGUUUACGUGAGGCUGGUCUCUACCGUGUGUCGGGCGAGGGGCGCAUCGUCAAGGAGCUGAAAGAGAAGUUCCUGAGGGGGAGGGUGGUGCCUGCCCUGGACAAGGUGGAGGACAUCCACUGUGUCACUGGCCUCCUCAAGGACUUCCUGAGGAGCCUCCCUGAACCCCUCCUCACCUUCCGCCUGAACCGGGCCUUCAUGGAGGCGGCCGAGAUCCAGGACGAUGGCAAUAGCAAAGCGAUGAUGUACCAGACCAUCAGUGAGCUGCCCCUACCUCACAGAGACACUCUGGCCUACCUGGCUGUCCAUCUGCAGAGGGUGGCGUUGGGUGUGCUGGAGACCAAGAUGGACGUAACCAAUCUAGCCCGCGUGUUUGGGCCCACCCUGGUGGGCCACGCCGUCCCAGACCCGGACCCCAUGACCAUCCUGCACGACACCAGCAGACAACCCAAGGUGAUGGAGCGCUUGCUGGACAUCCCUUCCGAGUACUGGAACCAGUUCACCGUCGAACAGCAGGGCUGCCCAGAAAACCGGGUCAAGGAGGACCGCUACAACACUCCCGACCACAAAGUGAGCAUGCUGGGGCCAGUGACCACGCCCGAACACCAGAUGACCAAAACGCCCUCCUCCAGCUCCCUGUCCCAGCGUAUGAAGCAGACUCUGUCCAACACCAGCAUAUUUGGAAGCAAAAGCAAGGCAUCUUCUAGUUCAAGUCGCCAAGGAGGUUUUUUUGCCUCCCCUCAACUGAAGUAAAGGUCCGGUCAUGGUGUUAUGGGAGACUAUAUCAUUUUAUACUAAUAUUUUUUUUUUGAAAUCGAAUGAACCAAUACUGUGGUCAAAGAGCAAAACUGUUGUCAUGUUAACAUAGCCACUUUAUAUGGGACAACCACUGCAAAAUUAAGGUUUUAUACUGUUUUAAAUCAAACAUACUUUUAACUAUUUUUGAACUGUGCAAUAUUUAGGUAUUACUUUGGGUAAACUUUGAGUCCCAAUUUCCAUCAGUAGAUGUUCUAUAGAUAGACUAUGAUCAAACAUUCAACAAACUAUUUGUUAAUAAGCAACUGUUAGGAUAAAGGUUAAGGUAAGGGAAAGUAGGUAGGAUAGUUAAAAUGUUACUAGCACUCAGUAGUUUGUUUGUAGAGCAUCUACAGAAACACUUGGGACUGAAAAUAGUGUUUCUUUUACUUUAAAGAAUGAAAUUCUUCUUUGUUAGAUGGUGCUUUUUUUAUAUGGCCACGAGAGGUGUCCAAAGAGAGAAUUUUAUCCAUGGUUACAUUCUCUUAAAAAAAAAAAAAAACUGCCACAGCUGGUUAACAAUCUGGGUGGCUGGGUAACCUAUUGGUCGAGAGCUUUGGGACAGUAAAUUAAAGGUCGCUGGUUGUACAAGCAGCUGAACAAGUCAGUUGACCCAAAUUGCUCACAGGUUGUUUCUGAAAAAAAUGACUUGUUCUCCGUCAUACUGACUUGGUAAAAUAACAGUCCAAAACAUUAUGAAAGUUCUACCUUGUGAACAUCUCCACUCCAUGUUUGGUUGAAAGUGACUUAAAAAUAGAUUUUCAUAUUUUCACAAUUUUCUUUAGCAGAUGUUUGUAAUGGCUGUUUAAUGAACACUUAACCAUGGAUUACGGUUUCUCUUCGCCCAUAGUGUGCUUUUAAGAGGUGAAACCAUCUAACAGGUAAAAUAAUUUAUGUCUACUGCUCUGAACUAAACUACUGUGGGAGACACUGUUUUCCAUCAAACAUAUUUAAAUUACUCUUAACAGAUUAUGCAAUAUUUAAUUCAACUUAAAAUGGUAAUACCUUACAAUUGAUUUAAUGUUAAACUACUGUUAAACUAAAAUUAAUUUCUAUGUUUAUUUUAGACUAUAAGAUUUUUUUUUCAAAAUAGCAGGGGCGGGCCACUCUGGCCCAUGGAGGGCUGAAAGACUUUUGGUUUUUCUAAUUUUCUAAUCAACGGCUAAUUCAGACCUAGCAUGUUACGUUUACGUUUUAUAGUAGACACUCCUAACCAAAGCGACUUACAGUAGGGUGUGCACAUUUUCUGGACUGAAUCGUCCAUGGAAUCAAAACCAAGGGCCUUGCUCUAGCAUUGAGCUGCACAGGAUGCCUCAGUGACUAUUAUUAUCUAGCUACUAGAAACAACCAAAUAAGUGUUUUGUCACUAAAGUCCCGGAGAUGCCGACUCCUGCUAUGUAAGGAUGUCUAUAUUUCCAAUCAUUCAUCUGUAUGAUCCAGCUAAUCAUUUAAAAAAGUAACUUAGUCACUGCAAUGUUGCUAAAUCAAAGUCAAGUGCAUUUGAUGACCUCUGUGUAUGGUUUCAUCCAGUUUCAUCAAGUCCAGCUUUGGUGUUUGAAAUGAUUUCCAAUCAUGUCUGAAACUUUUUAGUGUUGUGUUAAAUACAAUAAGGUGUGUUCUAUAGACAUAAGGUAGUCAUAUCAUUCCUAUACUGUGAUUGUAAUCACAGAAAGGGAUGACAUUAGCAUUUGAUAGGACAAUCUCUUGAGCUUAACCAGUAACUUUCAAUGUGAUCUAGUUUUGAAUGUUUUGUUUUUUUUAUUUCAUUCUUUGUUUUAACCAGUUUUAUUCUGUAAAAUAAUCAGGCUUACAUUAGUAGAUAAUACAGUGGAGGCAAUUUCUAUAACUGUUAACCUUCCAACCUAGUCUAUAUACAGUGAAGUUGUAGUGGCUGUGUGUUGGAUUUAGAAUGUUCUGUUUUCUAAAACAAAUGGUAUGUUAUUAAUGCUGCUAUUAAUUAACAUCUUUAAUCCU